GCUGUCAGCCAAUCAGCGGAGGCACUGAUGCUGGCAGAGGAGACGGGUUCCCAACCUGGUUAACUUAGAGGAUCAGAUACUCAGACACGACCCGGAGAGUUUGCAGUCAUUAAAGACCUUUAUUGUGCAAAGUAAUCAUCUCUGCAAGCAUUAAAAUGGAGAAGACAAUCACAGAUUUCUCAGGAAAGUGGACGAUGAAGUCUUCGGACAACUUUGAGGAACUUUUGAAAGCCCUAGGAGUGAAUGUAUUCCUGAGGAAGAUUGCUGUUGCAGCAGCCUCCAGCCCAGCAGUGGAAAUCACCCAGCAGGGCGAGAGUCUGUCCAUCAGGACGUCCACCAGUGUCCGCACCACCCUCGUCUCAUUCACUGUGGGUCAGUCCUUCAACGAAACCACGGUGGAUGGACGCCCCUGCACGAGUGUUCCUAAGUGGGAAACAGACAGCAAGAUCAGCUGUGAACAGACAGUACAGAAAGGCGAUGGACCCAAGACAUCAUGGACCCGGGAGGUGACCAACGAUGGAGAACUGAUACUGACAAUGACUGCUGAGGAUGUCGUCUGCACCAGAGUUUAUCGGAGGGAAUGAGGAAAUUUCCUCAAGUCUGUCACACAAUCCUCCUUUUUUGUGCCUCAUGAAUGGUUUACAUUAUCUCGCCCUUGUUUUCUUCUGUCAGAUUUUGGUCAGAUGUAGCUCACACAGUUCACUGUGGAGAAGGCUUCAGUUUACAUGAAUGUAUGUUGUCGGACCAGUAGUUGCUUCUAUAACCCUAAAGCUGAUCAUGCUCUGUACAUUUCACACAGAAAUGUCCCACAUUCCUUUUUUGCAUUACCUAAACUCUUUUUCAAGAUGUCAAUAAACAGUUUUGUAUGAA